UCGAGCCUUAAAACCACGUGACUGUUGUGUUAGCCAUACAUUAUAUGUGUGAGAAUGUGAUGUCAAAUGAUUAUAAUUGGUGAAGUUGAUCAUAAGAAGCUGAAUCUAAGAGAAGAAAGACUGAAAACGCAACAGGAUCACGAAAAGAAACGAAAAUGGAGAAAAGGAUUUUAUUCUGGUUUUUAACUGCUUUUGUGGGCAUAAUGGUUUCGUCUAUAACCUCUGAGGAACUCUCUGAGGACUCAGCAGAGGAAGUCGUCUAUCGUGUACCAAGAUCACCACGCUCGGGAAGGUAUUCUGGAACAUGUAAGUACAGAAAGAGCCCUUGGGAAGACUGCAAUGUUGCUACUAAUACCCAGCAACGUACUCUUACCUUAAAGCGUGGGGAUCCAUCUUGUGAGCAGACCAAAAUAGUUACAAGAAACUGCAAAAAGGUGUGCCGUUAUCAGAAGGGAGAGUGGUCAGCAUGUGACACAGCUGCAAACACACGCACUAGACUAGACACACUGAAACCAGGAAGUGACACUUCAUGUGAACAGACAAGAGUAAUUACGAAAAAGUGUCUUAAACAAUGUCGUUAUGACCGGUCAGCUGAAUGGAGCGAAUGCGAUCCAGUAACCAAUCAGAAGACGAAAAUCAAAUCGCUUAUACAGGGAGAUCCGAAAUUAUGUGAAGCAACUGAAACAGUUACCAAAAUAUGUGGUCGAGGUGGUCGUAGGAAAAAUAGAGGAAGAAAACGUGGGGGAAGAGAUGAGAGUGAAGACUAUGAAUAAUGACGAAGAAAAACUGAAACAGGUCUUGCUUAUGGUUUGUAUUUGUAACCUGAGAAAUUAAAAUAAAUACAUAUCUUUGUACUAAAUUACGAUUAGCUUGUAAAAUAUUCAGCAAACUUUGAAAUAGCUGUUGUUUUUAUACCUUUAACGACAAAUGACUAUAAAGAGACUUUUUCAAUUGUUUAAAUACACUAUUUUAUGAAUGCAAAGUAAUUAUUGGAAAUACUAAACACUAAGUCAGUAUUUCUAGCGCAGUUUAUUUUAAGGUAAAAUGUGGUUUUAUUUACUCUUACUAUUCAUCAAAAAAAGAGGGAAUUUGUCUGUAAUACUAGUUUAACAGCAUAAAUGUAUUGAUAUCUAUACUUUUGUUACAGAUCUGGUUGAGAUUAUUUUAAGUGUUAUGCCAAAUAGACCAUCAAGCUUUUUAUUAUCUAAAGCUAGAUUCUCUACUGUUUGACGAUGGCUAAAAAAUACUAUUUCCAAGAUAUUGAUCUAUUUACUUUCUUUUAUUACAAGAAAUGUUAUGUGGUAGAAUAUCCAUCGAUACCGUCGGUCGUAAUACAUUUUUAAAGAUUUUUUAUUGUAUAUUUCGUAGACAGUUAUUGUUAAAUAUAGUUUAAUUUUUAUGUUAAAAUAAUUAUGUUACCGAAAAUCAGAUAUUUUGCGUUCUGUUAAGUAAUUCUUUUUGCGAAUAUUUAGAAAAAAAAAGGUCUAAUUAUAUAAAUUUCUUUUAUAUUUUAAUUUUGUUUCAUAUUAUUUUGAUUUGCAAUCAAAUUGUGUAAUUUUGUUCUCUGGACGCCUUUAUUAACCUUAUAAAACAAAUCACAGAACUUUACGUUUUUGAAAUAUAAACAAAGAACGUCGAAUAGCAGUUUGUGAACGACAAAUACAUGUGUUAGUUUAGUUCAAUUCAUAAAGUUAAUUAUUAAAACAAACUUUUGCUUUAGAUUUGAAUGAACGUGGUACAAAUUUUAGGGAUACUUUUUACGACUUAUCUUCAUAAAAACAAAAUUUACACUACAUGGGACAAGCGUAUAUUUAAUCUUUUGCAAAUCGACAAGGUUCGAUUUACAAAGUUCGAGUCGUGAUGCCGCUGAACAUGCUCCGGACAUAAAAAGCUAUGGGCACGUUAUGAAAGUGGCAAUUAUUCCUAUUAUUCAGUUCAGAGAUCCAGACAAAGCCAUUGUAAUAAUGGGUAAGGCGUUUCAUUUAGACAGUAUGUCAUAUAAGGUGCCAUUCAUGUUGAAAAUUCCUAUUCCAUUCUCUUUAAGUCUGUUUUAUUUUCUCUGCACGUUGGCUUUGUUAAGUGAGCACGAAGACGUCAAGUUAGAAAACUAGUUUUUGCUGAAGAUAAAUCGUAGAAUUUAUUAUUAAAAUGCUGAAGUAUAGUUUCACAAUAAGAAACAAACUAAACUAAACUUAGAUGAAUGUACCAUGUGAAAAACAAUAAAAAAUGAAAUGAUAAGAAUGUGUGUGUGUGCAACUAGAAAUGAGACUUUUAAUCAUAUAGGUUGUUGUCACAACUGUAGCUAUCAAUCACUUUUGUUUUGCUCGAUCUUCUGUCCCUCUAGUGAUAAGAAUCAGAAACAUUGCACAUAGUGUUUUAUACGUUACGUUUACAUUAAUAAUUUAUGGAACUUGCUUUGAAAUAACAAAAAGAAUUGUCCACUGAUGGGGCAGCGGUAAAUCUACGGGGUUACAGCGCUAAAAUCCGGGCUUUGGUUCUCCGCGGCUGACACAGCAGAAAGUAUAAUGUGAAUUUACUCGAAAACAAAUAAACAAUUAAAAGAAUUCUAGAGUUUGGGCUACUCUGAUGAUCAAGUUCCUUCUUUGAAGCUAAGGAAUCUUAUUAGACUUCAGUAGUGUAACUCCCUAUACACUAUCUAACCAGCGAAGAGUGACUGUUAAGAGUCGUUAACUAAAAAACAAAUAGCAAACAAUCAUUGGUCUGACAGCCCUUAUCAUUAUUACUGUAUAAAAACUAUGUGCUUUACUUUUCGCUACGACUCCCGUAGCCUGUGAAUCUCACCAAAGCCGGGAAGGCCCAUGCAACUGGGACUAAUACACAAAUGUAUUGUAAAGUCAAUAAAGUGAAAAAGAAAACAAAAACAUUCAGGUGAACAAAUCUAUGUCACUAAAAUCACAAAAAGUCAGUUAUUACGCUCAUUUCCCAUCGCUACUAAACACAGUUACGUCCCUUGAUCAAUAUAGUGUAUCUUUUGCAUCGUCGUUCUUUAUACUUUGACGUUUUACACGUUUACAUCUCUAAAAUAUGUCAAAUGUUUCAAAUUUUUUCAGUAAAUAAGAUUUUUUUUAAAGUUACGAAUCUCUCAUAUUGGUGACUUUUUACUAAAAUAAAUGUUUUGGUGCU